AUGAUUUCUGUCAAAGAUAUGGCUAAGACUGCAGUCGUUGUAUAUGCAAUUUGUUUCUUUGCAAAAUCUGAUGGAAAACCAGCGAUGAAGAGGUCAGUGAGUGAGAUGCAACUGAUGCACAAUCUUGGGGAGCACCUGCACACUGUGGAGAGACAGGAUUGGCUUCAGCUGAAACUGCAGGAUGUGCACAGUGCCCCCGAGGCACUGGUGGAUGCUAGAACCCAGAGGCCCCGAAAGAAGGAUGAUAUUGUUCUGGGAGAGAUCAGAAGUCGUAGGCUGCUCCCUGAGCAUUUGCAGGCAGCAAUGCAGAAGAAACCUAUUGUUCUGGACAAAGCUUACAUGGACAACAUCCUCUUCAAAACAAAGUCCCAGUGAAAGAGGCAUAGCAUUGUAUCUGUCCAAGUAAGCACAUGUCUGUAAGUCACCGAGCAACUAGGGCAUUUUGUUAUUAUUUAUUAUUUGUAUUACAUUAGUUUCUAGAGGCCCCAACCAAGACUGAAGCUCCAUUCAGCUAGGUCCUUUACAAACAUAAAUUAAGAGAUUGUCCCUACCCACCAUCUCAAAUGUUGAUAAUUUUUGAAUAUCUAAUUCAAUCGCUAAUGGGUCCCAUUUAUUUCCAUUGUUUAAAAAAAUAAUGUAUGUUUAAAAAACCAAAAAAGCAGGAGGUUUAAAUAUAAAUAGUUACAAAAAAGGCAGAGUUAAAAAAAUUUAAGGCCAGGUUCUACCACUCUUAUUCACAUUGAAUAGUACCUUAACCCAAUGGAAUCCUCACAGAAUAAUUUACUAAUCAACCUAAGUGAGGACAGCAGAAUCUGACCCCAUAAUAAAAAGGGCACCACCAGUUCUAUAGGGACUGAAACAUGUGCUUCACUCUACACACAGUGACCAGUCCCAUUGAUCCACUACUCACAAUGCAUAAAGUUAAGUCACAUUCAUUUACAAGAUCAAGCCAAGAUUUGGGAAGUGUUAGUUACAUAUAAAAAUAAAAAAAGAGGACUUUAAUUUAAAAAAUAUUAAAAAGUAAGGUAAAAUAUAAACAUAGGAA